CCGAGUUCAAUUCUCGGAAUGCCCCAUUUUUUGAUAUUUUUUCCGAGGGUUUUGGCUGAAUCUGGGAAACGAGGAAGAAUUUUUGGUUUACUGAAGCAGAAUUGCAGCGGGGAUUGGGGAAGGCUACAAUGUGGAUUCUGAGCUUGAGCCGAUUUCGUUUUUUAUCGGAGAUUCCUGGUCUUCGAGUUGGGGAUUAUGGUUCUUCGGAAGAUUCCGAGCAGAUUCAUCGGUGAUCGUGGCUCGAUUUUUGCUUUUCCUAGGUGGUAAAGCUCAUCUGCGCAUAAAAAAAUUGCUCGACAAUGGUAAUUUGUCGAUUAUACACUAAUUUGAAGAUCAUGCGAUAAUUAGGAUAUUGUAUUUCUGAUUCGCGCGUUCAAGUUUAGGAAUUAGGGUUCUUCGGAACUGCUAGAUUGGGAACCGUCAGUUUGGACAGGUGGAUUGUUGCCGAAAACCAGUAGAUAUGCAUGAAAUUCGAAAAAUCAUUUUGAUUGACAAGUGACAAAGAUAAAAUCAAUAGUUUCUCAUUAUCAGGCAUUUUGUUAGAAAAUAGAGUGAUUUGAAUCUCCGAAAAUGGCGCUCAACCAACCAAAAAAAAACAUUGUUCUUCCAAAUUAAACCCUGGAAUCACUUUUGUGGCCUUUCCGGUGCCCAAAAUCAUUCAUCAACGUUUGUUGAUCAGGAUCGAGAAAAUUCAAAGGUUUUCUGGAUUUACAUUCUCCUGUUUCUCUUCCAGAAGGUUUUGCUAAGUGUGAUACCUUAGUUCAUCUCAUCUACGGAAGAGAGAAGGAAAACCUUGGACACAGAACGGGAUUUGGAUCUCGCGGUUUCAUGAAUUAGCAUUGUUGAUUAUCUAAUUUCUGCAACAUUCAUGCCUUCUGCAAUUUGAUAAUCCUGUCCUGUCUUUGAUGAAUAUCUGCACAAAUUGAUCAUUAUUGAUUAGAACAAUGGUUAGCAUGCUUCUAUCCAGACAUUUGAACAAAAUGGCAUGAAGAUCAGUAAGAACACAGAGAAAUUUAGAAUCAGUCUGUGAUAUAUAUAGCUCGAGGACUUGGAUGAAUCUUCGGAAAAUGGAGCCAGAAAACAUUAAAGAACAUCUGAAGAAGAAUUCUGGGGAUGAUAUUGGUGGUGCACCAGGAAAUAUUAAAGAUUCAUCAUCUUCUUCCUUGGAGCAUCAUAAUGGUGACUCAGGCCAUCUUGACGAUUCUCCAUCAAAAAUCACCGGUCAAAUGCCUCAGUCGAGCACAUCAAGUGAACCCCUUGUCACGAAGAAUCAAUUUCCAGAAUUGUCGCCAAUGAAAUCUCCCCCGGUGCAAACAAUGGGACAGCCUCUGGGCUACGAUCCAAACCGGAUACCUGCCUCUGUCUUUGCCACAAAACCAGAAAACACCGCAGACUGGAGUACGAACUCAAAUGAAUCCUUAUUCAGCCUUCACAUUGGGAAUCACAGCUUCUCUCAUGACUACGCGAUUAUGUUUGGAAAGUCCGGUGAAUUGCCUGGAUCCGAAGAUUGGAACAGCUUUUCUGCCAACCCGUUUAAAGCAUCGCGUGAACUCCCCAGGCUCGAUGAAUGGAACAACAAAGCUCCACCAUCCAAUCCCCAUCAUCAGCCAAAACCUAAUGACUCGAACCACCUCCCCCCAGCCAUGGAAGCUCCGCCAACAAGGGCACCCUCGGGAAAACAUUCGGAAAUCAAGAACAAAGAUGACGAUCAGAUUCAGAAAUCAUCUAUGGAGAGUGAAGCCGUGGUUAAACCAGGUGCUGAUCAAUCUGUUGCAUCGCCCAGCGUCAAACUUUCCGUGCCGGAGGCUGCUUCUCCUCCAGUAAAUGCGACCCUCACUUUUCCGAGUCCUCCUCGCUGUUCUGACGGGAGUGGAAACAGCAGCAGCUCGUUCGCAUUCCCAUUAUUGGCGAACGGUAGCGCGAAGAAUGCUGCCUCUUUGAAAGUUGUACCGGAGAAAACCGAUGAUUCAGAAGCAGAAUCGCAAACACAAUCACAACCUCAGCCGGAAAGUGCUGAAGAAACGUCGAAAGCUCCAGCCAAGUCGAGAUGGUGUUCUUGCUUCCCAUGCUUCCCGCAGUGCUGCUGACAUUAUAUGGUUCCAUUUUUCCGACCCUUUAUUUGGCUUAUGGCGUGCUUAUAAGCUUCAUUGAACUGCGCCGGGUAUGUUUUCGGGUCUAUUAUAUGUCUGGAAACUCUACCUUAAGAAGAAAAAAAUGUCCAUAACAAUUUGGGGGGACUUGUUUAAGUCCUUGAUGUGAUGAUAACUCUUGCUUUGAAAUGAAAUUGUGAAAUCCAGAGUUUAUUAUAAUUCUUUUCUAA